UUUACCACGUUUUACUGCUUCAUUUCCUAGGUUAUCAAUCAGUGAUUGUUAAAAAAAUCAAAUGUAAAAAAUUAUUCAAUAAUAAUCAGUUUUUAUGUUACCCUUGUUCCAGUCCCUUUUUUGCUGUAAUUUCUUUCAUACAAAAAUUCAAAAUGGAGAGCAAGCGAGAAGUUCCAGUUGUGUUGAAAAAAGUUUUGGACUUGGAUUUUAGAUUGUCUACUGAUCUUCUUGCAGCCAUUGUGAGAAAAACUGGACCAAUGCGACUCUACUACACAUAUUUGAAAGGAUUAGAGAUUGCUGGGAAUGGAUGGUUGUGGUUUUUUGGUGUUGCAGCCAUAGCUUUCUUCAGUGCUGAUCAGUACGUGAGACACCUCAUGGUCAACUUGUUCAUUGCUCUGGUUCUGGACGUGGUUGUCGUAGCCAUAGUCAAAUCCAUCGCUCGAAGACGACGACCUGCACCCAUCGAAAAAGACCUCUUGACUGUACACUUUAUCGACAAGUUCUCCUUCCCAUCCGGCCACAGCACCCGGGCUGCCAUGGUCACCACGCUGUUAUCCACACAGUACGACCUCAACCUGGUGCUGGAGGCAAUCUUAUUCUCGUGGUUCAUUGGAGUUUGUGUCUGCCGGUUCCUAAUGCGAAGACAUUUUCUGCUGGACAUCGUGUGCGGUAUCGCCAUCGGCUGGUUCCAAGCACUGUUCCUGGUCUACUCCGGCCUCUGGCUGGACGUUCCAUCAGCUAAUGGAGUUAUUGCCUAUUUCUUCGACGAAACUUUCGCCGGUGCUAGUUUUGAUGUUUAAUGCUAUGUUUUAUAUUGUGCAUUGCGGCAUUUUUCCGGUUCUUAGCAAAAUGCGAGGGAUUAGAGUAGCCAUUAGCUUCUUAGAGAAGCCUUCUCUAAUCUCCAUCUUAGUUUCGUACUUACUUUGUUGUAGUUUAGGAUACAGAAUAUAUUAUGGGUUUUGUUAUGGUACAACACAAUAUUGUUAACUGAGAGAUAAGCGUUAGCGCGACUGGUUUUUCCUGAUUAUCUAACUACUUACUGUUAUUUUUUAUAUUAUUUUAGAUAAAUUUAAGCACUCAUUUACGAACUAAUAAACCACAGGUAGAUGUUAUUGAAACAUGUUUGUCUGAAGACAGAUGGGUUUAUGGGUUUGUAAGUCAAACUGCGUAAGAUGUCCGCGCGCUGUGAAGCGCCCAAAGUAAAUUUUUUACUAUUAUGAUUCUUCGCCCAGAGCGUGUGAUUCAACGUUCAAGGCCCAAAAUGAAAUGAAACCACCAAAAUAUGAAGACCACGGAUUGUUAGGAAAUAUAUACAUGUUAUUUUCAAGAUUUGGCAGUCUUUUUUCAUUUGUUCUUAAAUAUUUCAUUUCUUUCGAAAAUUCGAAUUCGUCUGAUAUAUCCAUCAUUACCUCAAACUGAAUCCAUUAAAUUCGCAUCAAAGGCUAUCAGAUGCAAGUUGAAAAAACAUGACAUUUUUUAAAUUUUGCCAUUGAGGGUUGAGAUGUACUAGUUUGUCGAAUUGCCAGAUGCAUGUGUAAAAUUUCCCAGCGCAGUCCUCUUAUUCAAUACACUUCUCAUGAUUUUUUGGCUGAAAUGCAUGCCAUUGAAUAUCUCGUAGGCUAAGAGAAUCGUAACGAGUUCAACGAAUAUUUUUUAAUGCAACAGUGCCAUAGUAAAUCUCACUUCUAAUAGGCAGAUUUCAGUUCUCCUUGCUAAUCAAUCCUCAGCAACUGAACGCUGUCAAAUUAGAAUAAAUGUUGUGUAGUUUUUCAUGUUCAUAUUGACUUUAGGACGAGUUAUAUCUCAAGUGACUAUUCAUAACACUCGCUUCCAGUUGCAAUGUGACUUUAAAGUCCGCACCGUUUUGGAAUUCCAUGGUAAUAGUUACUCUCUCUGCAAAUUGUAAGUUUGAUUACACCGCACAUGCACUUUUACUCUCAUUACAAUAUAUUAUCGGACUGCAAGGUGUCCGUCUAAUUCAAGAGAAUGAGUGCCUCUAUGUGAGAUUGAAGACCUUGUAAUAAGGAGGAUUUAAAGGUGCUACGGUAAGUGGCUGGUAUCGAUUAGUCCGACCUCGUGGCAGGUCUUCAGACUCGUGUAUCCAACUCCUGAAUGAUACGUUAUUAUUUGUAUUUUAUAUACCUUCGUUUUUCAAACAAGAGUGAAGAAUGAGUGUUGGCCCCACUCGUACUCUACCAUGCUACAAUGAACCGUACUUGGAAGAAAUGAUCUUGGUUUUGACGUUGCAAGCUGUGAUUGCCUCGCCUCGUGGUCCUAAUUUCAGAUGAAAGUUUAAGCAAAAAUAAAAGGAGUAGCGUUUCAGAAGAAUUCAUUGUACAUUUCAGUUUGUCGCCCCGUGUUUAUUAGGCUAUUGAGUUUUUUUGUUAUCAUGGUGUCGGUUUAUGCGUUACAAGGCCAGAGGAAUCUAAAGUAUGCUCUAUGUUUACUUAAUGAGAUACAGAGCGCGCGUUGUUCGCGUUUCGCCUAACUGUUAUAACUUGCGUCAAGUUAGGCUUGGUCGUAUGUCAGACUGAUACAUUGUAGGCCACAGUACGAAACGCUCGCUAUUUCUCUCUUGCAUAGUUGAACGUCAUUUCGAUUACAUGUCCACAGGUCUGCUGGAUGGAACACGUGUCUUCUCUUUAUUUAUUUAUUUUUUGUAUAAUUACCAAAAAAUGAUGAUUUUCCACUUUAUUUAGGAUGAUUUCCACUUGAAGAUUUUCAAGCUGCCAACAACACUGACGUCGAACCUACUUGUUCACAACACAUGUUUCUUCCGUAGUAGUUGACUAUACAAUGGUUUCUAGUCUAUUUUUGCAAUAAAUUUAACAUAUA